UUUUCACUAGCAGCCAAGGGGAAAUCCCUCUACCCUGCACCCUGCACAGGGCACCGGAGACGAAGAAGUCUUCCCUGCGCAGAAAAGUAGGGGCAAGGAUUGGAUGUUUUCUCCGUCCAUUGACGAUUACGAUGACAAGGAAUGUGAUUUCCGACUGUGCUGUCGCCGAGUUGCUGGUUUUGUGACUGUGAGCGAGCGGAGGAUACGAGAGUUGUUGUUGUUUGUAGCAGGAAAUCAAAUAGGAAGAGAAGAAUCUCUCGGAGAAAGAGGAAGAAGAAACACAAAAUGAUCUAUACUUAGCUACACUUUGCAAAUGAAUGUUAUUUUAACAGCUUACGGUAAUUUUUUGUUUGAACUGAUUGGAGCUCAACUGUUCGAUAUAAUUCCUAGGAGAUUCAGUUUCUGUAGCAGAGUUUGAUUUUGCUGUUUUGGCUCUUUUAAUUGGUAAGUGCCGAAACUCUUUUGUGAAAAAAUAACAUGAGGUGGCAAUCCAGAUUUUAUAAAAUUUGGUGCUGUUCUUUCUGGAGAUAAGGACUAUUUUUCCCCCCGAUUUUUGAUCGAUCUAUAUAUUGUCUUCUACUUAUUCGUUUGUUCUUGGUCACUUGUAAGUUCACUUGAAAAGUUCAAGUUGCUGGGUUGUGCAACAUUAAAUAUAUUACUUUUAAGCUGUCUUUACAAUGUUCCAUUGAUGAUUAAAGACAUUCUUGAACUAGCAAAUAAGGGAAGGAUAUACACUUGACUUGUCACAUUCUAGGCUUUGGCUAAAAAAGAGAAAGGAAUAACCAAAGACAGAAAAUAGUUCGCUUACUUUUGUUUCUGAGGCAGAAUAUUAUACCUGAUGAUAGUGCUAAGUAACCUAACUCAUGCAAAGCUAGUCCUUAAAUUUCUCUCAAGAAUAAGUACUUUACUUGUGCUUAGUUGCUUCAGAAUGUCAAAUAUAUGUUAAUAUAGUUGGCAAAAACACAAUCCUUUUGUGCUAUAUAAUACAGCACACAGUCAUCCAACCUCCACACUUCAUUGUCCAAAAUAUCAAUUAUAAGCAAGAUUGUUAUCCACCUAGUUGAUAACAAAAAUGGCUGCAUUUGUUUUCAGUGCUGCUAACAAAGUGUUGCAGGAGCUUGGAGACCUGGCUUAUGAGGAGGUCCGGAUAGCAUAUGGUGUCAAAACUGAACUAGAAAAGCUUCGAAGCACUAUGGGCACUGUCCAAUUAGUCCUUAAAGAUGCCGAGAAGAAGCAAGCCAGUGAUGAAAAUAUCAGACAUUGGCUAAAGCAACUCAAAGACAUCUUCUACGACAUUGAAGACGUGGUUGAUGAAUUUGCAGCAGAGACACUACGUGCUCAAGUUGUCAAUCAAGAAAGCAUAACCCAAAAGGUACGCCACUUUUUUUCUGCCUCAAAUCCACUAGCAUUCCGCUUUAGAAUGAGUCAUAGAAUUAAGGAUGUUAGGGAGAAGCUCGAUGAGAUUGCAGCCCAGAAGGUUAGAUUUCAUGAACUCGUUGAGCAAGGAAUUGAUGACAAGUCCCUCAUGCAUAAGGAAAGGUACAGAGACACCACCUACUCGUAUGUGCAAACUUCUAAUGUUAUCGGAAGAGAUGAGGACAGGAAGAAAAUUAGAAAAACCUUGAUCGGUUUUAAUAACCUCACUGCUAGAAAUGUCUCUGUUGUCCCCAUAGUUGGGAUUGGAGGCCUAGGAAAAACAUCACUAACAAAGUUGGUGUACAAUGAUGAACAAGUAGUCAAGCACUUUCCGUGUAGAAUGUGGGUGUGUGUGUCUCAGAAUUUUGUUGUCAGCAAUGUGCUCAAAGACAUGAUUAAAUCUGCAACAGGGGAGGACUGUGAUAAGUUUAAUAUGGAACAGUUGCACAAGUGUUUGCGAGAUGCUUUGUUAGGUAAGCGGUUCAUACUGGUGUUAGAUGACGUUUGGAGUGAUGAUCGUCAAACAUGGAUGGAUUUGAUGGGUUUGUUAGAGGUUGGUGAUAGUGGAAGCAAGGUCAUAGUGACCACACGCAGUCCACAGGUUGCCAAUGUAAUGGGAGGCACUAACAAUGUCUCAACACAUGACUUAAAAGGCCUUUCCCCUAAGGAAUCCAUGUCAUUGUUUGUGCAGUGGGCAUUUGGAGAUCCUAAAGCUGCUAAAAGACACCCCGAGCUCUUGGAAAUUGGUGACGAAAUUGUUACAAAAUGUAAAGGGGUCCCUCUUGCAGUGAGAACUGUAGGGAGCCUACUUUACUCCAAGAGAGAUAAGCGUGACUGGUUAUUGAUAAAAAACAAUGGAAUAUGGGAAUUAGAACAGAGUGAAAACGAUAUCUUACCAGCAUUGAGAUUGAGCUAUGAUGAGAUGCCAUCUCAUUUGAAACGGUGUUUUGUUUAUUGUUCUAUUUUUCCCAAACGCUUUGAAUUUGACAGUGAGGAUCUAAUUCAAUUCUGGAUGGCACAUAAUCUGAUUCGUUCUCCAAACAAGGAUCAAGAUUUGGAAGACGUAGGCGAGCAAUAUGUUAAAGAGUUGUGGAUGAGAUCGUUUUUUGAAGAUUUUCGUGAUAGAGGUUACUACUAUACAUUUUCUAUGCAUGACCUCAUUCAUGAUCUCUGCUUGUCUAUGGCUCAAAAUGAUUGCAGCAUUGUCUACAGUGCGGCACAAGAGGUUGACGAAAGUGUUCGACAUUUGUCAUUUACAGAAUUUGAACUGCCCAAUGGCCAGCAAGUUCCGAAGUGUUUGAGCAUGUUAAGGAAUGUGCGCACAAUUACUUUUCCAGAAGUAGAUAUCCUCUUCCAAAGUCUGGAUAAUCAAUCAUUUGUAGAUGCAUGCAUACCUAGAUUCAAGUACCUGAGAUUCCUAGAUUUAAGUAACUCUUCUUUUGAAGUGUUACCAAGUUCUAUCAGUAAGCUGAUACAUUUGAGAUAUUUUGAUAUAUCUGUGAAUCAACGGAUUGAGAAACUCCCUAAAGCUGUUUCCAAGCUGCAAAGCCUGCAGACUUUUCGAUUUUCAGGUUGUUCAGAGCUUGUAAAGUUGCCAGAUGGUAUGCGGAACUUGAUCAGCCUUAGGCAUUUGACGCUAACCACACAAGAGGAGCAUCUGACAGACUCUGGAGUAGGAAACAUCACUUCUCUACGGAGUUUGGUACUUGCAGCAUGUGAGAAUCUGGAAAAUUUAUCGAUAUGCACCUCUUAGUGAACCUUCGAUCAUUGUCUAUCGUUCUCUGUCCAAGUUUAGAAGCUUUACCACGCCGUAUCUUGGGCCUGCCUGCAUUAGAGACUUUGGUCAUCCAAUACUGCAACAGGCUUAAUCUUGAUUUUCCAGAGGAAUCAGUGGGGCCAUCAAGACUUCGGACCCUGAAGCUCGGAGGUUUGCCAGAGUUGUUGGCAUUGCCACUCUGGAUUCAAGCAUCUGCAACUACUCUGCGAUAUAUAAAGAUUGAAGGCUCCUACAACUUGACAGAACUGCCCGUGUGGACGAAAGAUCUGUCAUCACUCAACACACUUAAGCUUCAAGCUUGCCCAGAAUUGAAGUCUCUCCCCGAGGGAAUGAAGCAACUCACUUCUCUCAACGAGCUGUCGAUCUCAUCCUGCAUUGGCCUUAGUGCGAGAUGCUACAAGGGAGGAGCAGACUGGGAGAAAAUUGCUCAUGUUCCUGUGGUCAAGCUUGAUGGGAUCACUUACAAUUCAAGCAAAUAAUAGUGUCUCGUUGAACUCGAGUUAUGUUGAACAGGCUUACUUUUUAUCUUCUAUUUAUUUGAUUGAUUUAUGAAAGCUAACUCGGAUGGCUAUAUAUAUAUAAUAUCUAUGAUUGUAAUUUUCUACAUCUAUACCUUCAUGUUGUAUUCAAGAUUCUAUAUUGUGGAGAUAAAACAGCGUGAAUUUCCAAUA